CUUGUUCUAGACUGAUAUUUUUCGGCCACUUUGACCGACAGUAUCAUAAGGGUAUCUGUGUAAAGAUUAUAAGCUGUCUGAGUACAAACACAUGUUGAAAGCUUAGAAAGACAGUUUACAUUUAUUUAGUUUUUCAUAUUUUACAUUGUAUUAUACAAUUUUUAAACACUUGGCAACCCAGACCCUCGAAGAAAUCGUGGCUGCAGCCAUAGCAGCCAGAUUCAGCUUGGUAAACAAAGCGGACUGCGAGCAAGCUAACAGUUGUCCCAUUACAGUUUUUGCAAAAAACGGUCUGAAUUUGAGAGUAAAGCAUUUCCGGGGACGUUAAAACAGUAUGUAUAGUUAUGGUCUAAUUAGAUUUUCCUUUUAAAGACACAAUAAUGUAAUUCAAUAGUUUUCAUGGAUCGUAUGCAGUAGCUAACUGGUUAGCCUUCAGUGAGGGUGCAUUGAUUCGUGUAGUGAGCAAAAUGAAACUAAACUCUAUGCUCAGUUUCGUAAGUGACGGAUUGAUAAUAAUUGUAUCUUAGUUGACCAUGUUUAGUUUAUUUUGCCCUUAUUCUCUGCUAGAAUGACAUAACAAAAUGUCUUUUUUAAUUAAAUCACGAGUCGCCCGGAUAGGCAGAUAAAAGGGUGCUAGCAGAUAACGGUUUGAUUUUUAAAACACAAAUUAGCCAGGAACUUUAGUAAUCAGCCAAAACGACUGUCAUUAAAUAAUAAGUCGCAGUUCAAGCACUUGGGGUGAAAUGUUCAAUCUGAUGGCGAACUGCUGCAACUGGUUGAAACGAUGGAGAGAACCUGCAAGGAAGGUGACAUUAGUAAUGGUUGGACUGGACAAUGCUGGAAAAACCGCUACAGUCAGAGGAAUCCAGGGAGAAAGUCCUUUAGAUGUAGCACCUACAGUGGGCUUCUCAAAGGUGGACCUGAAGCAGGGGAAGUUUGAGGUCACAAUCUUCGACCUGGGUGGCGGUAAACGUAUCCGUGGCAUUUGGAAAAACUACUACUCUGAGUCUUAUGGAGUGGUGUUUGUUGUGGACUCCAGUGAUGUCCAGAGGAUCCAGGAAACCAGAGACACAAUGGCUGAGGUUCUCCGGCACCCUCGUAUUGCAGGCAAACCUGUAUUAGUAUUGGCUAAUAAACAGGACCAAGAUGGGGCAUUGGCUGAAGCAGAUAUCAUCGAGACCUUGUCAUUAGAGAAGCUUGUCAACGAGAAUAAAUGCCUCUGUCAGAUUGAGCCCUGUUCUGCUGUGUUGGGUUAUGGUAAGAAGGUUGACAAAUCCAUCAAGAAUGGCCUUAACUGGCUCCUGAAUAACAUUGCCAAGGACUACGAGGCAAUUUCAGAGCGUGUGCAAAGAGAUACAGCAGAGCAGAAGGCUCAGGAAGAACAAGACAAGAAGGACAGAGCAGAGAGAGUUCGGCGGAUCAGAGAGGAGAGAGACAAGCAGGAGAGAGAGGAGGCAGAGCGAGAAGGAAGGACACUGAAGGAGGAUGAGCUAGAUGAUGUCAACAUGCCCAACCCAUUCCAGCCAAUAAACAAUGUUGUUACUGAGUUUGAAGACAAAGUAAACAAAGAGAAAGAGAUGCAAAGACAGAGCAGUGUGCAAGAACAGUCAGCCCUUCAAGAUGAGGAGGAGGAGGAAGAGGAGGAGGACGAAGAGAGCGAGAGACAGACCCCGGAGAGUACAGAAUCAGGAGCAGUGGACCAGACCAAAAAGAAAACUAGGAAAUUACGAUUGAAACGCAAGCAUAGAGUUGACCCUCUUAGAGUGGAAGAAGCAGCAGCCAAAAGCCCCACCCCUCCUCCCCUACCAGUUGGAUGGGCUACUCCCAAAGUUUCUAGGCUCCCCAAACUUGAGCCUCUUGGAGAUACAAGGCAUUCUGCAAGCCUCAGCCACAUGCUUCCUGUACAGUCAUCUGUCAUCAGCCAACAGAAAUACCACAACCAUCCACCCUGAUAUUGUACCUAAUAAAUGCUACUAGCAAAAUCUCCUUAACAACUUGCUUCCUGCACUGUGACUAAUGUGUGUUAUUUAUUUUCCUGAUGCUUGCAGGAAACAUUUUGAAUGCGGCAUAUAAUGUUCUAUGUCAUCUUCUGAAUGUUAACACAGGCUGUGACAUUUUGAUCUAGGAAUUUAUGUAGUUUUAACCUUGUAGUCAGUAGAAAUGAGUUGAUCCUUGAUUUAAAAAAGGACAUUGCUGACCUAAUUUUUUCUUUUCCAUGACUCUCUUUUAUUGGCAGAUUUCUAUGGCAAACCUCUCCCACCUGUAGCAAUUAGGCAGAGGCCGAACAGCGAUACUCAUGAUGUAAUUUCCUAACACUACCUUUGCUUCCCCCCCCCCCUCGCUGGUUCACACUUCUUAAGGGUCCCAACCAAUCAAAGUAUUGUUUUGUUCUUAUCUUCAAGCACGGGCAGUGUAGCAAUCUACGCAGAUGUAAUUGCCCAUAAGCGAGGAACUGAUACCCAAUCGGCACACCCAGAUGGAUCACAUGAACUCGUGCAACCAAUGACUGAUGAUCAUCAGACGCUGUUUCCUUGGCCAGUGUUUGAAUGAGAUGAAAGGACAUGGACAUUCACUGUAUGACAUAUUCUUAUCUUAUAAUGUUCUUACAUUUGGAACGGUUGAAUAUUUUGAUUUCUGUAGAGCCGUUUGUUUAGCUUUAUCAAAAUACUUAAAAUCAGUAUUAACAGACGUUUGCAACUCAAUUGAGACUUUUUUUGUGGAAAACACAUUACAGACCUAUUUUUUAAGGGAAUUGAAAAAUAUGUAAAUACAUAAAAGAGUUUAAAUUUGUGUACUUGAAAUUGUACAAACGUUCUUAUGGUUCAUGUGCAUAUCUUAAGCUCUUGUGACACAGUUUGCCUUUAAAAUAUCAGAAAAUAUCAUCUUCUUUUUUUUUUUCAGCAGCAUCUAUAGGUUUAUACACUACGCUGUCUUAAUUUUGAGAACGACAUUCAAACUCUCAAAUAGCACCAGCAACAGAUAUCUUGAGAAAGUUAACUUUUACAUGUGAUUUGAAACAUUUUGUUUGUACAAGCUCGUUAUUGAGUUUGAAACAGCAUUUUUUUUCUUACAUACUUUAUCAGGGAGGAAAACACAUUUAUCAUCUUCUGAAAGAUGAAGUGUUCAACCUCCAUAUAAAUAUAUAUUUUAAUGUUUCAUGUCAUAUGCUGUAAACGCUGCUUUCGUAUUUAUUUUAUGCUAUUGCGAUUUUUAUAAUUUACAUUGUUGUUGGAUGUUUUUGUUGGAUGUUUUGUUUUGUAUUUUACCCCACACACUAAUAUUUAGUUCUGUCCAUCAUCCAGUUUGCUCUGCUUUCAGUACCUAAGCCUUUUUGUAACCAGUUUACAUUUAAUAUGAAUGUCAAAUUAAAAAAAAAGAGAGAGAAAUUUUAUUCCGUUAAUGUUCUCUCAUUCAACACGUAUCCGUGUCAUUACAACUGUUUGAUAAUGCACAUACAAACAUUUUGCACAACUGUUAGCGGCGCCCUCUGCUGGUACGUGCCGUAACUACAUCAUCAUGGUUUUGUUCAUUAAAACUAUUAAAGAGAGCUGAACUGUG